CAAAAAGGGCUGGGGAUGCACAACGGGACAGAAGAAACACAGCUUUACAGGCAGAAAAUCAGGAAUGCUGAAGCUGCUAAACAUGGAGUGUGGCCUCCUUUGUGGAAUAAACCGUCUGUACGCUGAUGUGUCCGGUCAGUGAGUUAGUAAAAAGCGAAAAGAUUUGGUUUCUACUUUGUCUUUUUUUUUUAAAGCGUUUGCGUUGGUACACACAUCUGCAAUGAUGCGGGCUGUGGACUGGAGAAGGACCGCUGCGAUUGUUCUCUGCCUUUUCGGAUACCUUGUCUCCAGAGCUGUCGCCAAAACAUUACCGGAGGACACGGCCACAGAAGAGGUGACUCUGAAGGUUCACCUGAGCGAUGCCAGCACUCACCAGCCCCUCGGAGGAGCCACCAUACAGCUCUUCACCAACCACACGUCUGUAACCACGGAAACCUCAUCGGCUGAUGGCAACACCUACCUGCGUUUCCCCUACCGUCUUGGGACACUGCUAGUUGUCACCGCAACCAAACAGGGAUAUGUGCCAAAUUCUGUGCCCUGGACUCCCUCCAGAUUACCUGUGUUUUCUUCCAUCAGCCUGGACCUGCUGCCCGAGAGAGCUGCUACUCUGAUGGUGUAUGAAGACGUUGUGGAGAUUGUCUCAGGCUUACAAGGUCUCCGACGUCAGCCCAGUGUUCAUUUCCAGCGCAGAGCUCUGAGUCUUCCUUCCAACACUUCCUAUGCCAACCUGACUGCUCUACUCACCGUGGCCAGCUCCCCCUCGCACAUUCAGCACUUUCCCCACCUGCAGGUCCUCAGCGGUAACAACACAGGCACUGAGAAGAAGUUUGAAUUGACUCCUGUAGCAGCCAUUUCUGUUCAUCUACUGGCCAGCGACGGUGUGGAGCUGCAGGUGAAUGAGCCAAUCACAGUGACCGUACCGCUGCCGGCUGACAGCGGCCUGAAGGAAAAUGAUCACAUCCCUGCUUGGAGAUUUGAUCCGCACCUUGGCGCCUGGAUAAAGAGCAGUUGGGGUCAUGUGCAGAGGGAAGGCAACCAGCUCAGUUUGACCUACAUCGCUCCUCAGCUGGGUUAUUGGGUGGCCGCCAUGUCCCCACUGCAUUCAGGUCCAGUGGUUGCAAAGGAUAUCAGCAUGUACCACACUGUGUUUCUAUUGGCCAUACUUGGAGGCAUGGCUCUCAUCCUGCUCUGCCUGCUUUGCCUCCUGUUGUACUACUGCAGGCGUCGUUGUCUGAAGCCUCGAGGGUCUCACCGCAAGCUCACACUGUCCUCUGGUCUGGACAGCAGCAAGAGGGACCAAGCCACCUCCAUGUCCCACUUGAACCUCAUCAGCAACGAGGUGCAGCUUGAACUUGUUUCCACGGCAACUGAGCCUGACAUGACCACACCGAUGCUGAAGCCUUCAUCAUAUGAGCACCACGACAAUCAGCGUCAGCACAGCCUAAUCCAUCACAGCAAACACAGCCGAUCCUCUCUCGGCAACAACAGCCACCACGGCUCAUCUCUUGGCAAUCUGACGCCUCGCAGCAGAGACUACCGACAGUCUGCGGAGACGUUCCAAUUAAAGGCUGCACUUUCGUCUGGAACAGACCGGGGCUACCGUCAAUCAUACACCUCCAUCUGCUCAUCCAGCAACCAGAUUUCAGAUGCACUAUCAUCAGCCAAUCAUGGUCAGGCGUCAGCUAACCAGCUGAGCAGUGUCGGGAUCGCUGAUUGCAUGUCCCCUUCCUCUCCCCCUCACACCCCAAGUAGAGGGGAUGGAGGUGAGUGCAGGGCUCCUGACUACCUUCUGUCCCGGUCUGUGGACCACCUGGAGCGCCCUAGUCCCCCGUCACUCUCCCGGGCGGGCCAGCUGCUCUGCUGUGGCUCUGUGGACCUGCUGAGCGGGGGAGAAGGUUACCCGAGGGUGCGCCCCACACUUGUGAUCCCAGCCCACUACAUGCGCCUGCCUGGGGAACACCCUCUGUCUGGUCAGGCCCUCCUGCUACAGACUGACCAACAAAGUGACCUGGAGACCAUCCAGGCUGAGCUCAAUGCAUCACAUUCCCAGCAGCCCCUGGGGCAAACUCCUACAAACUGCUCCCCAGGUUCCACCAAGCAGGGUGACGGAGAGGGUCGCGGCCUGCCAGAGUCUCUGUCGAUUCCAGCAGCUCUUGGGGAAACAGCUCUAGUGGAAAUAAACAGUGAGGACACCUUGUUGGCUGAAAAGACUUUAAUGGAGCUCAGAGGGGGGAAGCCUCUCCCUCACCCACGAGCCUGGUUUGUCUCACUGGAUGGACGCUCCAACGCUCACAUUCGCCACUCAUACAUCGACCUGCAGAGGGCGGGGUGCCAAAGCAACACGCCAGGUGCAGAGGGUAAGCAGGGUAAUGUUAGCGGAGGAAGGCAUGGCAACGGCAACGAUGCCAGUCUGGACUCUGGUGUGGACCUGAACGAGCCAAGAGUGGGGCGGAGGGGGAGAGACACAGAGCGAGAGGAAAGAGAGACUGAGAAGGACAGGUCGAAAGGCACAACACCAGCCAUGGCCUACACCCAGCUGGUGUAUGUGGAUGAUUUGGAUCAGGGAGGCAGCGAGGAGGAGACACUCAAGUGCAGUCCUCAGGAUAGCAAAACCGGACCUAUCCUGUCCAACAAAGCAGAGAGUCAAAGAGGGGAUCAGGGGCAGGGGGAUGUGGAGGGUAAAAGAGUAGAGGGGGUACGAAUACAAGAGGAACCCCCCUCACUGUCCUCUCCAUCCCCUGCUUCUCCUCCCUCCCUGCCGACACCAGAGGGAGUGACUUUCAGGACUGAACAUGCGCUGCUGUCAGUCUCUCCAGAUGAUGAUGCAGCACAGGAGGAUGGAGAGGAGGAGAAGAAGAGUCCCUGGCAGAGGAGAGAGGAGCGACCCCUGCUGGCCUUCAAUCUGAAAUGAUCCACAGAUGGCUCCUUAAAGGCUAAAUUCACAUUUUUAAGUUCUUAAUAGAACACUCACAUGCCCAAAGGUGCAUUGUUUUUUGGUCAUUGUAAUUGUUCCUCCUGUCCAUACUGGCCCUGAAGAAAUGCCCUUUCAAAUCAUUUUCAAUAUAAGUGAUGGGGGACAAACCACGGUCCUCGUUCUACGCAGAAACUGAUGUUAAAUUUAAAUAUUUUAUUAUUCCCAAUAGGAUAUUGCUGAGUUUAAAGUCACAUAUAAAUCAAAAACAAAAUUGAUAUAAGAGGCAAAUAAUGAAAACAAAUAACUUAAACCAUAGUUUAUAUAUAAAUAUAUAGUUCCUUUCAAUGAUACUGCAUCACCCCCUUAAUGAUACCUAAUAGAAUAUUUUUUUUUGCACAGAAGGAGGACUGUGGACUUUGCUAAAAUCACUUUAGGAAUGAAUCUCUUUGCAGCCAGUAUGUACAGGAGAACCUGUUUAAUUGCACACAUGGACAUGUCAGUUUCGUUUUGAGACAGACUUAAAAAAAAAAUGUGAACCUGUCCUUUAAGCACGUCUCCCUCUCUGCCCAGACCAGUAACGUGAAAGAUAUGUCCAUUUUAAGCCCUUUGUUCUUAAUAUAGCACUGAGAAGAUAUUUCAGCACUGGGAUCCCUUCUAGGCCUGAAUGUGAGGGGAUGACUCAAAUCCUUCGUGAACUUCCAGCCCCCCUUCACGAAAUGACCACUAUCCACUUUGUCACCCUCACAACAUACUACAUGAACAGACCACUCAUUAGGCAUGAUGUACACAUCGCCUGAGGGAGACCGAUAGACUUUGGUGGCAAGAAAUGAGAAUAUUUUAUGCACAACAAAUAUAUGCCUUUUUUUUAAUAAAUAGCAUUGUAAGUGUAAAUGAACUGUCGUAGAAACAGAUGAUGGUUGGUUCUCACAAAUGAAAGACUACAGGAACCUUUUUUUCUUGAGCCAUAUUGGCCUCAGUCCACUGGCAAAAGCCGGGAACACACUACACUCAUUGAAAGCGAGAUUAUAACUCCAAUUUAGGCAUUCUGACUGAUUUUUAAGUUUUUGGAGCAGCUUUUCACUGGUGGUUUAAAAGUCUUCUCAUGUGUUCCUGGAUUUAGUGAGAGCACUAUAGCAGGUGUUGGAUCCACCUGCACAACGAUCCCCCCUGAUAUAUUCAUGUAAAUCCUGUACUUUGGAUGGUUUUCAGUGUGUUGCUAGAAUUGAAUCCAGUUUAUCAGAUAGCUGUAUGGGUGUUUACAUGAAUUCCACAGGGGAUUAAGUUUUUGGACUGAAGAAAUGAAACCACUAUCCGCUCUACAGCGUAAUCAGAUAAUGUGACACGCCACUAUGCUGGUGGGUAAGGAUAUAAUACCACUACGAAACUGUAGUUCUACCCAAAAUAAUUGUGAGGUGUAAUAAUAUGAAGGGUUUUGUAAUUGUUGAACCACUGACUGGCAUAUUUUUGCUCUGAAGGCUAUGCAUCACUUUUAUACGUCUGCUUGAGAUGCCUUUUUUUGUAAUUUUAAUCACUUUGAUUUAAAUUGCCAACAUGAAGUAUUUUAUCCAAAAAUAGGCUAUUUUUGUUUUAUCUUCAAAUAUGUUAAGGGCUUUUCUUCUUCACCCGCCUUAUUGUUAGAGCUACAGAAACAAACACACAUGCAUACUACAUACCUUUUUACCUGAAACCAAACUGUUUUUGCUUGCUGUUUCACCUUAGUCUUUACCAUUUCCUGAUGUUCCAAGUGCCUUUGAACAACCUGACUCUACAACAAAUUUGUGGAACUCAUUUCCUUAUUUAUUUCUCACCUUCUUUUGCCUUCAGCUUUUCUCCUCUACCUCAGCCCUCCUGCUCUCUCCCACUUGUGAAAGAAAGCACGCAGUAAACUUUCCUCAGCACUACAAGCUAAGCUGCAGGCUUCUCCGAAAAUGUCCUACCAGCUGCUGCAAUCGUAAAAUCCUCUACAGCAAUCAACAAGGCAUCAGUCUCUCUUAGAGUAAGCAGUUAAGGAUUUGCAAAAGUUUUCAGUGUAGCACACAAUACAUAAAGCUAAGUGCGAGUGUAUGUGAAGCUAAACUGCAGGCCAUUUCAGUGCAUUUUCUUUAUUUUUGUGUUUUUUGGAUGGUGAAUGUUUGUCUCUAAUAGUUUAUGUGCACCUGGGUGGUGGCGGUGUCCAUCUGUGAUGCUGCUGGCUGUGAGUUUGCAUUGUCAGACUGUGUACACGUAGAGAGUGCUGAGAAAUAAUCAACAUACACAUCCACUCAAGGAUCAUAUAGUCAUAGCAAUCAUAUUACAGAGUGUGUAUAGUUCUUUCCUUUUUUUUCCCCUCUACCUGAUCAAAAUGUUGUGAGAGUUGGUGUUGUGAAUGGCCUCUUCUCUCUUAGUAUCCCACAUCAACCUUCACUUUGAGGGUGGAGUUGGAGUGCAACAUCCUGAGUGUGUACAUUGGUUGCUUGCAUUAUAUUUGAAGCCUAUUAUUCUGAAUAAACAGCCAAACUGGAA